AUGGGAGUGGUAUUCAAAGAGAUCUACGACCAGUUUCCCCACGAGAAAGUGGUAGGUGUGUUCAGAAUGACCACUCCGUGCCUGUUCCUCCGCGACCUGGACGUGAUCAAGCAAGUCCUCAUCAAAGACUUCGACUAUUUCUCUGACCGUGGGGUCUCUGUCGGUGAUAAAGGUUUAAGCAACAACAUAUUCCACGCUGAUACUGACAAGUGGCGUGUAUUAAGGAACCGUUUCACUCCGAUAUUUUCCUCGGGUAAACUGAAGAACAUGAUGUACUUACUAGACGAAUGCGGUGACAAAUUUACCCUCUAUCUAAAAGAACAAUGUUUGACGAAAAGGGAGCAUGAUGUGCACCCACUGUUACAAAGGUAUACCAUGGCAGCAAUAUCGGCCUGCGCUUUCGGUUUGGAUAUUGACACGUUUAAGGAAAAAAUAGACAUCUGGGAGAAAAUAGACAAACUCAUAACCACCCCUACGUUCGUGGACGAGCUGGACAUGAUGUUUCCCGGAGUAUUGAAGAAGAUGAACAUGGAAGUAUUCCCGACGUACUUGAGUGGGUUCUUUAGGCAGGUCGUUGCGACUGUUAUAGCGCAGAGAAACGGCGUACCCUCUAAUAGGAGGGACUUCAUGGAUCUGAUUCUGGAGCUAAGACAGCAGGGUAAGAUACAUAGCACAAGGAGGUACGAUGAUAGUGAACAAAUAGCGGUCGAACUAACGGAAGAUGUUAUUGCUGCGCUGGCGUUUGUAUUUUACGCCGCUGGUUACGAAACCAGCGCGCGUACGAUGACACAUAUGUUAUACGAGUUGGCGCAAAACCUGGAAAUUCAAAACAAACUUGUAGCCGAAGUCGAUGAAGUGCUAAAAAAGCACGAAGGUAAAAUAACGUAUGAAACUCUCAACGAUAUGCAUUAUAUGAAGAAGGUUUUAGACGAGACUCUACGCAAGUAUCCCGUAGUGGAUCCUUUACAAAGGAGGGCACAAGCCGACUACAAAAUACCAGGAACUGAUGUCACGGUGAAGAAAGAUCAAAUUGUACUAAUAUCAAUCUUGAGCAUCCAACGCGAUGCUAAGUACUACCCCAAUCCAGAGAAAUUUGAUCCCGAAAGAUUUUCUGCAGAAAACGCAAGUAGUAGACACGCUUGCGCUUAUUUGCCCUUUGGGUGUGGACCGAGAAACUGCAUCGGUAUGCGAUUCGGCCAGGUGCAGUCGUUUAUAUGUUUAGCGAGGCUCCUGUCCAAGUUCCGGGUUGAGCCGUGCAAUAAGACACCACCGACCAUCCAGUUCGUUGCCAAACGAGCAAUCCUUGGGGCCGAAGGAAUUUAUCUUAAUAUUAUCCCGCGAAAUAAU